CAAGAUGGGAGGAGCGACCUUGAGUGGAUGUUCAAGUGUUCCUUGAUUCCGAUCCUAACCUUGAGAAACAAACCCAUUUUCCAGACUUGAUUGCUUUUAGUUUGAUUCUUCAAUCCUCAAACUUUCUAUCCCUCCAUUAUUAUCCAGGGGUUUAUCUGUGUUUUAAGGAGAGCCCUGCAAUUCAAGAUUUGAGUUUCGUGGGACCAAGAAACAGGUUAGCGGAAUAGAUGUGUGUGGCUUGAUUUGAUAGUGUCACGGUCGAUGAAAAUUUUAACAUCAGGACUUAUGGUUCCUUUCUUUUUGCUCGUAUUUUCUUGGCAACCGAACGAACAGAAACGUUUCUCUUCUCUGGGGAUGUUUCUGGAAAAUCAGAGUGAAAUCUCACUUCACAUGGAGGAAAACGGAGGCGAUUUCGCCUUGGCUGCGGCGCCGCUGGCCAAAUGGAAGAGCGACUUUUCGAGGGCUUUUCAGUACUAUUUGGAUAGAUCUGCACCACAUAUAGCUGAGAGGUGGCUAGGAACACUAGUGGCAGCAUCAAUUUACUUUUUGCGAGUUUACUAUGUUCAAGGGUUUUAUGUGAUCUCCUAUGGGUUGGGAAUCUAUGUUUUGAAUCUCUUGAUCGGCUUUCUGUCGCCCAAGGUUGAUCCUGAACUGGAAACUUUGGAUGGGGCUUCGCUGCCCACGAAAGAUUCCGACGAGUUUAAGCCAUUCGUUAGACGCCUCCCUGAAUUUAAGUUCUGGUAUUCCAUUACCAAGGCUUUUGUUGUUGCAUUCGGAUUGACCUUCUUCUCUAUGUUGGAUGUACCUGUUUUCUGGCCCAUAUUGUUAUGCUACUGGAUAUUUCUGUUUGUCCUCACGAUGAAGCGUCAAAUUCUACACAUGAUCAAAUACAAAUACGUCCCAUUUGACAUGGGAAAGAUGAGGUACACUGGGAAGAAGCCUUCUGCAAGUGGCAGCCGGUUAGCUAGAGACUGAACUGAAGCUGCGCAUUUCCAUUCUCCAACGGACCCUGGGAAUGGAGCUCAAGUUUUUAACUGCUUUUAGCGUUUUGAUGUUGGGUCCUUCACAUUGUAAUGGGUUUCCUCCCAAACUCUAUUAAGGGUUCAGAUUCUGGAAAGUUUUGCUUCUCUCCGGUGUUGAGGUUCAUCUUUAUGGUUUCAUGAACUAUCAAUCAAUCUCAGUCGGCCAGAAGUGAAGCUUGAUUGUGCAUACCUAUAGGAUGAAUAUUCUAUUUUCAUAUGAUAUUACAGCAAAAACUCCCUUCGACUGCUU